GAUUAAUUAAACGGCGAUCUAAUUAAUCUCCCUUCCACGGAUCCGCACCGCGGCGUAAUAUUCUCUCUUUCACGGACGCAGCGCCAGCGAUAAAUUAAACAAUGGAGGAGCCGCAGCGAUCGACGGACGUUGACCCCCGCGGUGUAAUCUAGGAAGGAAGGAAGAAGGAUUUGGGUGGGAAGCUGCGGCUCGACAUCGAUCGCAAGCUAGCUUAGGGCUGUAGCGCAUGCAUACACGCCAUUGCCGCCGCCGGCGCUGUCAUUCUUCUUCUUAAUUUCUUCUGCUCGAGCCUCGUCGCCGCCCAAGUGUUUGUUGAUUUGCGUCCGAGGUUGGGAUCGAUGGUGAUGGGGGUGGACGCCGACGUGGAGCGGGUCCUCAGCCUCCGCCUCGGCGACCGCGACGCCGGCAGCGAUGGAGAAUCCGCCAGCGGCGGUUCCGGCGGCGGCGGCGCGGUGAAGGAGCGGAUCGCGCGGGCGCUGCGGCUGUACAAGGAGUCCUCCUCCUCGUCCGGCGCCGGCGGCGAGGAGGGCGCGCUGCUGCUGCAGGUGUGGGCGCCGGUCGCGGCCGGGGGCCGGCGCGUGCUGGCCACGCGCGGGCAGCCGUUCCUGGUGCUGGCGGCGGCGGCCUCGCCCUCGUCCUCGGCGCCGGCGCGGUGCUGCCGCCGCAGGCUGCUGCAGUACAGGGCCGUGUCCCUGGCGCACGUCUUCUCCGUAGACGGUGACGGAGAGUGCGUGUCGUGGGAGGAGAGGGGAUUGCCGGGGCGGGCGUUCGAUGCCGGCGCGGCGGAGUGGACGCCGAACGUGCAGCUGUACGGCGCCGGCGAGUACGCCCGCGUCAGCCACGCGCUCGUCCACGACGUCCAGGGCAGCCUCGCCCUCCCCGUGCUCGACCCCGCCGCCACCGGCCGGCGAUGCCUCGCCGUGAUCGAGAUGGUCACCACGGCGCCCAUGGCAUGCUUCGCCGCCGAGGCCCACAAGCUCUGCAAGGCCCUUCAGGCAGUGGCAUUGAGAGGCUCAGAGAUCUGCUACUCCCUGCCGGCCAAGAUACCCAACCCAGAGGCGACUCGUGCAGCCAUGUCCGAGGUCUCACAUCUCCUGGCCACCGUCGCCGGAGCUCACCAGCUGCCAUUAGCACAGGCCUGGGUCAGGUGCAAGCGCUGCAGCAGCAGCAGCAGCACGGACACCGUCCAUGACGAUGGAGACGAGCACAUCUCCCUGACGACAGCCGGUGCACCGUUCCACCUCACCGCCGGCAGCGGCUUCCGCGACGCAUGCACCGAGCACCACCUCCACGCCGGACAGGGUGCUGUAGGCGAGGCGGCAGUAUCCGGCUCGCCAUCCUUCUGCGUGGACAUCGCCAGGCGGUCCAAGGCCGCCUACCCGCUCGCACACUACGCACGCUUGCACGGGCUCGCCGGCUGCCUCGCCGUGCCCUUGUGGUUGCGGCGGUUCGCCAUGCACGAAGAUGCUGGCUCAGAGGACGAGGAGGAGUGUGUGCUGCUGGAGUUCUUCCUACCGCCAGACUGCAGGGGCGUCGAUGAGCAGAAGGCAGCGGUAGAAGCGGUUGCUGCCACUGUCAGGGAGGAAUGCUCCGGCGAUGGCCUGAAGGCGAUGAGCGGCCUGCGAGAUUUGUCCUUGGAGGCUGUUUUUGCAGAUGGUGUGCAUACUAUCACCGUAGCUGAUGCUGCUGCCCAUGAACUGAAUGAUCAUGGAGACUUCGGUCGUGGCGAUUCAGAUGAGGAGGACGAGCAUCUGGCUGUGGAUGUUGCAGGCGGUGACCUUGCAGUGAACAUCCAUGGCGCGGACCAAAACGGAGUUGGGGACGGAGUGUCGCAACCAGAGAAGAAGAAGACGGGACGAAAAGCCGGAAAACCUGUUGGUUUGAAGGAGCUGCAAGGAUACUUCUCAGGGAGCCUGAAAGACGCCGCGAGGAGCCUCGGCGUGUGCCCGACGACGAUGAAGCGCAUCUGCAGGCAGCACGGCAUCUCAAGAUGGCCGUUCCGGAAGAUCAGCAAGGUGAACCGUGCCCUCAGCAAGAUCAGGCGUGCCGCCAUUGAAUCGGAGGAUUGCUCGCCGAAGCCGGUUGCAGCUUCUUCCUCUCAUCCAGCUCCAGAUCCUCAGAACCUCUGCCUAUCAAGUGCUCUAGGAGACACCUCCUCCCAAGGCUCAAGCCAAGAGCCUCCUCCACUGACCAGAACUGCAUUGCCUAAGUCUUUGCUGCGCCACAGCAAUGGCGCCGAUCGGGAAGUAGUGACCAUCAAGGCGAGCUACAGAGAGGACAUCAUAAGAUUCAGGGUGCCCUGCUCCUCCGGCAUCACAGCGGUGAAGGAGGAGGUGGCCAAGAGGCUGGGCUUGGAUGCCAGCGGCUUCGAUGUCAAGUACUUGGACGACGACCAUGAGUGGGUGCUCCUGUCCUGCGACGCGGACUUUCAGGAGUGCCUUGAUGUUGCCCCAGUGCUGCCACCAUCGGCGUCGGCUGCGGCUCACGGAGCCAGACAGGUGUCUCCGGUGGUCCGGCUGAUGGUGCAGGAGGUAGCCGAUAACCUUAGGAGGUUCUGCGGUAGCUCAGAUUAGCCAGAGAAUUACAUUUGCAUGCCUUAACUAUGCAAUUGUUACUGAUCAAGUUUGUUACUUCCUUACAUGCAUCUGAGUCAGGUAUAGCUGCCCAAAAGUACUGAAAAACGCUUGUCAUUUUUCAUAUGCACAAGACAACAUCUGAAUAAUAGCAAGAACAGUUUUAUUUCUUUGA